GGGGUCUGUCUUUGCAGUGCAUGUUGGGAAGAACUACGUUUCCGUCCGGUGCCGAAGUCUCCCGCGCGCGCGGCGGUCUGGCGCAUGCUAGAGUACUGGGCUCCCGGAAGUAGAAUCGUCCCCCUCGGUCGCGUGGCCCGGAAGCAGCCGUCGGGUUUAUACGGAGGAGACGCUCGCCAUGUCUCUCAUCUGCUCCAUUUCUAAUGAGGUGCCUGAGCAUCCCUGUGUGUCUCCAGUCUCAAACCAUGUGUAUGAGCGAAGACUGAUUGAAAAGUAUAUUGCAGAAAAUGGAACCGACCCAGUAAACAAUCAGCCAUUGUCUGAAGAGCAGCUCAUAGACAUUAAAGUUGCCCACCCAAUUCGACCAAAGCCACCCUCUGCUACUAGCAUCCCAGCGAUUCUGAAGGCACUUCAAGAUGAAUGGGACGCUGUCAUGUUGCACAGUUUCACUCUUCGGCAGCAACUGCAGACCACACGCCAGGAACUCUCUCAUGCCCUGUACCAGCAUGAUGCUGCCUGCCGUGUCAUUGCCCGUCUCACCAAAGAGGUCACUGCUGCAAGAGAAGCUCUGGCAACUCUGAAACCACAGGCUGGCCUCAUUGUUCCACAGGCUGCACCUUCGCAGCCCAAUGCUGUGGGUGCCGGUGAGCCAAUGGAUUUAGGAGAACUGGCAGGAAUGACCCCAGAAAUUAUCCAGAAGCUUCAAGACAAAGCCACAGUGCUGACCACGGAGCGUAAAAAGAGAGGAAAGACUGUGCCGGAGGAAUUGGUGAAGCCUGAAGAACUAAGCAAGUACCGACAGGUGGCUUCACAUGUGGGACUGCAUAGUGCCAGCAUCCCAGGCAUUCUUGCUCUCGACCUGUGUCCUUCUGACACCAACAAGAUCCUCACAGGUGGAGCAGAUAAAAAUGUUGUUGUGUUUGACAAGAGCUCAGAGCAGAUCCUGGCAACUCUCAAAGGCCACACCAAGAAGGUCACUAGCGUAGUGUUUCAUCCAUCUCAGGAACUAGUGUUCUCAGCUUCUCCAGAUGCCACUAUCCGGAUCUGGUCAGUCCCUGGUGCUUCAUGUGUGCAGGUUGUGCGUGCCCAUGAGAGUGCUGUGACAGGGCUGAGUCUCCAUGCUACAGGUGACUAUCUGCUGAGCUCUUCUGAUGACCAGUAUUGGGCCUUCUCUGACAUCCAGACUGGCCGUGUCCUCACCAAGGUCACAGAUGAAACUUCUGGCUGUGCUCUCACCUGUGCUCAGUUCCAUCCUGAUGGGCUUAUUUUUGGGACAGGGACUAUGGAUUCUCAGAUUAAGAUUUGGGACUUGAAGGAACGGACUAAUGUAGCAAAUUUCCCAGGGCAUUCAGGCCCUAUCACCAGCAUUGCCUUCUCUGAGAAUGGCUACUAUCUGGCCACUGCAGCGGAUGACUCUUCUGUCAAACUGUGGGAUCUGCGCAAGUUGAAGAACUUCAAGACGCUGCAACUGGACAAUAAUUUUGAGGUGAAAUCUCUCAUAUUCGAUCAGAGUGGCACCUAUCUGGCUUUGGGUGGCACUGAUGUCCAGGUGUAUAUCUGUAAGCAGUGGACAGAGGUUCUCCACUUCACAGAGCAUAGCGGCUUGACAACAGGAGUGGCCUUUGGACACCAUGCUAAGUUCAUUGCUUCAACAGGCAUGGACAGAAGCCUGAAAUUCUACAGCCUGUAGCUUCCUGUAUGUGAAAGGGGUGGAGCUUGUUCUUCACUGUAGUGUUAUAUUGGGGGAACCAUAGGGCAUGGGGGGGGAGGGGAGGGGGGCUGAAUGGGACUUCUAGGUACCUCCAUAGGUUUCCUCUUGGCUCAGGCUACCCAUAGAAUGGAAAGAUGAGCCGUAUAGUAAAUGGAUUUUUCCUCUUCCAUAUUUGUUCUUUUCCAGCUUUGUCUGUGCUGUGAUUGUACCAAUAUUGAGCCAAACCCAUCCAGGCAGGGAUGAGGAUAAAGGGGGGGGGGAUGUGCAGGAGUUUUUUUUAAGCAGCUCUCUAGUUUAAUUAAAAAAAAGCUAUAACAAAA